CUAGCAGGCACAGCUGGACUGGAGCCGCUGGCCGCAAGGCCCGCCCCACCUACCCUUUCCGGGAAGGGUGUCCCCGCCCCUCGGUGUUAACCCUCAAACUGGAGGGCGGCUGUUAUUGGCCCGGGCACGUCACGUGGGUGCUGCGCUGUAAGAUGGCUGCCGAGCGGGACUCCGAGGGGCUCGCGGCAGCCCGGCCGAUGCUCACUGACCUGUACCAGGCCACCAUGGCACUGGGCUACUGGCGUGCCGGCCGGGCGCGCGACCCCGCCGAGUUCGAGCUCUUCUUCCGCCGGUGCCCGUUCGGUGGCGCCUUUGCUCUGGCCGCGGGUUUGCGCGACUGCUUGCGCUUCCUGCGCACCUUCCGCCUGCAGGACGAAGACGUGCAGUUCCUGGCCUCGGUUCUCCCCCGGGACACGGACCCAGCGUUCUUCCAGGAUCUUCGGUCCCUAGAUUGCUCUGCAGUGACCUUGCGGGCCCUGCCUGAGGGCUCCCUCGCCUUCCCGGGAGUGCCUCUGCUGCAGGUGUCAGGGCCUCUUCUACUUCUGCAGCUGCUGGAGACUCCGCUUCUCUGCCUGAUCAGCUAUGCCAGGUGAGACACAGUGACCGGACUUGGGGAAGCCCUGUACAGGGCUAGCCAAAAUGGAUGGGGCAGAGGAGGGGGGACCUGGAGCCUGGGGCUAGCACUGCAAGUCCCAAGUAACUGCUGGCUUGUUGAGCUUCUCACUAGUCACC